CCUCUGCAGUACACACUAAAAUGAGCAGUUGCGCGCCAGAGAUUUUUAGAAUUUAACGUGCGUAGUGUGCAAGACAGAAAAAGCUAUGUGUCUUGCUACAAGUUGCAACCUGCUCUCAACAUAACAUAUUUCGAAUAUGGCCACGUUUAAAUUGUGCUUUAAAAAAAAGCCAUGACCGUUUUUGGUUGUGGUCUACAAAGUGCAGUAUUCCCGUCUUCAGCCGAGACGAGCGUUCCGCCUUUGAAGAAAACAGCAGCGAUUUACAACUUGCUGAUACGGGCUGAACACCAUGGCAACCUCCCACAUUCUCUUCAUCUGCCUCCUCCUCAUCCUUGCAGUUUUAUCGCAGGAGCCGUCCACCUCUAAACAAGCCCGCCCCCAGAUCACUGGCUGUGUCUCCCAUGACAUGAACACCUUCCGCUGCAGAUGGAAUGUCGGAGCAGCAGAACCCAGAGACCUGCGGAUGUUCUACUACAUUAAUGAUAAGAAUAUAUCUCCCAAAGAGUGGGGUGAAUGUCCUCACUACGCUGACAGUACAGAUGAGUGCUUCUUCAAUGAACGCUACACAAAGGUCUGGAUGACCUACAGUGUCCAGCUCCGCUCUGGAGAUCAGGACAUUCUCUAUGACGAGGUCAUCUUCACCGUGGAAGACAUCGUGGAACCAGACCCUCCAAUAGCGCUGAACUGGACCCUGUUGAAUGUGGGUCUAACCGGGAGCCACUUUGACAUCAUGUUGAGCUGGGAACCACCGCACUCCGCAGAUGUGUCGAUGGGCUGGAUGACGCUACAGUACGAGGUGCAGUACCGCGAGGUCAACUCAACACUGUGGAGGACGGUGGACCAUGAAAAGGGAAUGCAGCGAUCGCUAUACGGGCUGCGCACCAACACAGACAAUGAGGUCAGGGUGAGGUGCAAGAUGCUGGCAUCCCGUAACUUUGGGGAAUUCAGCGACUCCAUAUUCAUACACAUCCCCACUAAAGAGUCCAGACUUCCAGUUACUGUCCUGCUUGUCUUUGCUGCUUUGGGUUUGGCAGUCAUCCUAAUGCUGGUAAUAUAUUCCCAGCAACAGAAGUUGAUGGUGAUUCUGCUGCCUCCAAUUCCUGGUCCCAAAAUCAAAGGCAUCGACCCAGAGCUCCUUAAAAAAGGUAAGUUGGCUGAGCUGACCUCCAUCCUGGGCGGCCACCCUGACCUGAGGCCAGAGCUGUACAGCGACGACCCCUGGGUGGAGUUCAUCGAGCUGGACAUGGAGGAGCCCAACGACAGGCUGACUGUGCUGGACACCCAAUGCUUGAUGAACGACUGUGCCUCCUCAAACUGUCCUCCUAUCACCAUUGGCUUCAGGGAUGACGACUCGGGCCGGGCCAGCUGCUGUGACCCUGAUCUGCCUGACCCAGAGGCCUCCCCCUUCCACUCCCUCCUCUCCAACACCAGCCGCUCCCUGGAGCCCUCUGGCCUGGCCAGCAAUGAGGCCAGCUCCCCAGUCCAGACCCCCACCACUGAGGUUUCUCCCUGGGCCGUCCCUGGCAGGGAGGACCUCUACACCAAGGUGAAUGAGGUGAGACCCACUGGUGAAGUGCUGCUGACACCUGAGGAGCAGAGCAAGGUGGAGGAGAAUGCAGAGGAGAAGGAUGAGAAGGAGAAAGAGAAGAAGAGGAGGGAGUUUCAGCUGCUGGUGGUGAAUGCUGAUGUGGGAGGCUACACCUCAGAGUUAGAUGCUGGGAAGAUGAGUGCAAGACUCUCCACUGGGAGAGCCAGCCAGCCUGCUCCAACGGAGGACAGUAGUCUUGUGCAGGGACAGUGCUUCGGGGAGUACCAGAGCCUGUACUUUGAGGCUGAAAUGCCCCCCAUUCCACCUGCCUCUCCCAUCUCCCCACUGCCCCCUGUCUCUGCCUACACCAUGGUGGAGGGAGUGGACAGGCAGAACAGCCUCCUUCUGAAGCCCAGCUCCCCACCUGCACCCCAGCCAGUCCUAACCAAGCAGCCCCUGCCCACACCUACACCAGAGGGUUACCUGACCCCUGACUUACUGGGCAACAUUACACCAUAACUCAGAGGUGUAGAGACUAUGCCAGUCAUUAGUGAUUGGACACAGAUCAGAGGUGGCAUGGGAAUUCAGUGCCUGAGUGACUAGACAUCAAAAGAGUAGGGUGCCAAAUGUCAUGCCUCCAAAAAUGAGAGGGGGUCCCUGCCUGCCCCACCUCUUCCCGUUCCUUCUCCCAACAUGACAGCUGUAGACAUUUUGAGGUUUGGUAAAAUGGAUGGUGAGUACAGGAGAGGGGUCUGUUCUUCAAGGUGCCACACCUGUCUGCAAAAACUUUAAGAAGAACUGAGCGAACAAAGGAAAUAGGGAAAGGACAAGAAGGGAUUAUGGUCUCUCACAGGAACUGGCCAUAUGAACCUCUUCACAUAUUAUGAAUGUGAAAUAAGAAAUAUAUAUUUUGAAGAACAUCACCUACGUGUGACUUUAAAUGCCAGCAUUUGUUGGUUUUACAACUGUGAAAAGUAUUUACAGAUCUCGAUAUUGUGUCAAUAGGAAAGCAUUUGGUGACCAAGUGGGAAUCCACCAUCUGUUCUGCUGAUUGACUGUGGCUUUUCAACAAGUCUAGAAUAGUAGGACAUUGUGCUUACUGAAUGUUUGCUGUUGUUUUGCAUUUAUACAAAAUGUGUGUUUAUAAAAACAAGAACAAAUAAUUCUGCUUACUAUGUUGUAGGCUACCACUUACAAAAAGGGGACUAUCAAAUGUCAGAUUAUACUUCUGGAGAUCUCUAAAUGCUAAUGGUUCUUUAUUGUACAGCUAUAAUGUUACUCAUAAACAUCAUUCACAUUUAAA